GUUCUGGAAAGAAGCUCAUUGCGGUGCAGCUGGUUGGGGAUGCUGGUGCAGAAACUAGCAUCAUCCAGUCCUGGUAACCAAAACCAGGCAUUGCCAGGUGACUUCUCGGGGGUAGAAUCGCCCCUUACUUUCUUUCCCCGGGUUGAGAAACUCCACCUGCGUCACAUUUUCUCUGAGCCUCAAUUGCAAGCUCGGCGGAGGCGGAGCCGCUGGCCUGAGUCACCGUGCAUUCCCAGUUUCUGCAAGACUGAAAACUGGAUCCCUGGAGCCUUUGAUAUUUCGCUGUGUACAGUGCCUGUUGGUGGACUGUAGUGAGAUUCAGAUAGUCUAAAAGGAACUGGAUUCCUGCACAAAAUAAACAAUACAAGCUGCAGUGCCCUUGAACAAGAUGACAGCCACCUCCCCAGACCCUCCGACUCUGGCCUUAAGUGAAAAAAACGAGGUCCUAAGAGUGCAUACUCCUGGGGACCAAGAAGCUCUCUUAAGAGGAGCCAUGGCUGACAUAGAGUCUUUGAGGCAGAAGUUCCGGUGGUUUUGUUACUCAGGAGAGGUUGGACCCAGGAAAGCCCUGAACCAACUUUGGGAGCGCUGUAUACAGUGGCUGAGACCAGACAUUCACACGAAAGAACAGAUUUUAGAGCUCUUAGUGUUUGAGCAGUUCCUGACUGUUUUGCCUGGGGAGAUGAGGAUUUGGGUAAAGUCACAACAUCCUGACAGUAGUGAGGAGGUGGUGACCUUGAUAGAGGAUUUGAGCCAAAUGCUUGAAGAAAAGGAAGAUCUGAUUACUCAAGAUUCUGUUUGUAAAGAGGAGAAUUCGGGAGAUGAUGAAAUAGUGGCUGCUCUUCCAAACACUGAGUCAUGUGAAUCUCUAACAUUCCAGGAUGUGGCUGUGAACCUUUCCAGAGGAGAGUGGAAGAAGCUGGAGCCUUCUCAGAAGGAGCUGUGUAAGGAAGUGCUACUGGAAAACUUGGGGAACCUGGAAUUUCUGGGUUUUCCAGUUUCCAAGUUAGAUUUGAUUUCCCAGCUAAACUGGGUUAAGUUACCAAAGAUGCUGCAAAAAGAAGUCUCAAAAGGUUCCAGACCAGAGGGUGAGCCUAGAGGUCAGUUGGAAGUUUUCAUGGAAGAAUUCACUUUAGAACAAAUAAUAGAAAAAUGCUUCAAGGAUGAUGGUUACGGGUUGAUGGCAGAAUUCCAGAAAAAACAUGGCAGAUCUGAGAAGGAUCAAGGCAAACGGAGACAUUCGAAAGAAAAACAGAAGAAAAGUCAUAGGAAAGGCGGUAAGGGUGAAGAAUUUGACCCAGAAAAGAGCCUCUCUGGAAAGAGUUUCAAACGAUCUUCUGAUUCAAUUAAACAUCUGAAAGCCCAGUUAAGGAAGAAGUCUCGGAGUUAUAAUGAAUGCAAGAAACCCUUCAGUUUUCAUUCAGAUCUUGUCUUGAACCACAAAGAACAUACUGCAGAAAAUUCAAGGAAAUAUAGUGAAGGUGGGAAGGGACUAAGUCAGUCUUCCUCUCAUACUGAACAUAAGAAAAUUCAUUUGGGGGAUAAAUCCCAGAAGUGCAGUAAGUGUGGGGUAGCUUUUACUCAAAGCUUGUCUCAUUCUAAGAACAAAACCUCUAUGUGUGAAAAAUGUCGGAAGAAUUUAUGUCAAGAUACAACCUUAAAUAAAGAGAAGGGACCUAAGACUGGAGAAAAAACUCGUAAGUGUAGUAAAUGUGGAAAAGCCUUUAAGUAUACUGCCUCACUCACCAAACAUAAAAUUCACAAUGGAGACAAAUCCUACAUGUGUGAUGAGUGUGGAAAAGCUUUGGGUGGUAGUUCACAUCAUGAUGAAGAAAAGCUUCACAAGUGUGAUGAGUGUGGAAAACGUUUUGCCCUGACUGCCCAUCUCAUUAAACAUCAAAGAAUUCAUACUGGAGAAAAACCCUUUAAAUGUAAACAUUGUGGGAGACCCUUCAGUGACAGUUCAUCUCUUUAUCAACAUCAGCGAAUUCAUACUGGAGAAAAACCAUUUAAGUGUACCGAUUGUGGGAAAUCCUUCAGUCAUAGCUCUUCCCUUUCCAAACAUCAGAGAAUUCAUACUGGAGAGAAGCCCUAUAAAUGUGAUGAAUGUGGAAAAGCCUUUAGACAGAACUCUUGUCUUACCCGACAUCAGAGAAUUCACACUGGAGAAAAACCAUAUUUGUGUAUUGAUUGUGGACUGACUUUCAGCCAUUUUACAUCUGUCAUUUAUCAUCAAAGACUUCAUUCAGGAGAAAAGCCUUACAAAUGUAACCAAUGUGAGAAAGCCUUCCCCACCCAUUCUCUCCUCAGUCGUCAUCAAAGAAUCCAUACUGGUGUAAAACCUUACAAAUGUAAAGAAUGUGGGAAAUCCUUCAGUCAGAGUUCCUCUCUCAAUGAACAUCACCGCGUUCAUACUGGAGAGAAGCCGUAUGAAUGUGACUUUUGUGGGGCAACCUUCAGUCGAAGCUCAAUCCUUGUAGAGCACGUCAAAAUUCACACAAGAAGUAGAGAAUAUGAGUGCAAUAAAUGUGAUAAGAUAUUUAAAAGUAAUUCAGGCCUUCUAAGACAUCGGUUAUUUCACACCACAGAGUAAUUCUCAGAAAACAGUAAACGGGGAAGGGGAACUUAGUCCAAACUGUGUCCUAAUUUAAAAAAAAUUACAAACUACCACAACAUUGAUUAGUAGCUGAAAUUUUCGUGGGUUGGCAGCUAGGAAAAAUACCUUUCCCCAUUCAUCUGUCUUCUCUUCAAGGAUGUCAACUGCUGGAAAAUAGUAAUAAGAAUUGGUAAAAGCACGUGAAAAGUGAAGAAACUGUGAAGUGACAUGGUUGUAAAAGGCCCAAACAAAUUCAUGAAGCACUUACGGAUUUCCCUCUCUGCUUACUCUUCCUCCAGCAGGAUGGAAAGAGAACUUGACUAAGAUAAUCUGGGUUCCUUCCCAGUUUGCCAGCCAACUCAUCUUGCAGAAAUCACUUGACCCUUCAGAAUUUGUUUCUUUACAAGUAGAAUGAAGAGAUGGGACUAAUGAUUUCUGAGUUUUCUUUUGUAUCUCUGAUACUGUAGGAGUAAGUUAAACAUUUUUGAUUCAUUGGAAUUUUCUUGUCUAGUAGAAAACUACUCCUUACAGGAUACUGACUGGACUUAAGCUUAGUGAGAAUAUGAUAUACUUUUUGAGUACUUGAUGCAGGAAUCCCAAGAAUGUGACAAAUAGGAACUUGUCAGGGAAACAAGUUUGCCUUCAGGGAAUGUUCUUAUUGGACAAAGCACUUCAUUCUCUUUUUGUUUUGGGUGGGUAUUGGCUCAGGGGAUUGGGAAUCUAGAGCACUUAUACUUGAACCACCUCAGACAUGAGAGUAACAAUACUAGGAAAUAGAAACAUGCUGAAAACGGCUGUUCUGGAUGGGUUUUCUUUUGUAAAAUAGAAUUAUAUUUGAUUUUUUUUUCACCUGUAACAUAUCCUGCAAUUGCAGAGUAAGCAUUCUGUAUAACAAAGGUCACAGCUGUUAGAUUGGGUCGGAUUGGGCCCUUAGUCUACCUGAUGGUGGUGAUGGUAUGAAGUGUACACUUAGUUGGCACUAUUUAAAAAUUAGGGAAUUUAAUGGCUUUUUUAAAUCACAAGACUUACCUUAAAAAAACUAUAAGGGCUUGACUGGAGGUGUGGCUCAAGUGGUAGAGCGCUUGCCUAGCAAGCAUGAGACCCUGAGUUCAAUCACCAGUGCCACCAAAAAAAAUUAAUAAGGGCUGACAAUGCCAGGCUCUCACUUCUGUGGUACACUCAGCUGGUCCUGAGUGGUAGCUGCCACCCUUUGAGGGAUAAUCUAUUCUCCUACAUAUCAAGUUCUUGUAUAUAACCUAACUUUUGCACUGCAGGAAUAUAGUUUGAUCCCUAAUCACUUGAAGAAUAUACACACUAAAAUUUAAAGGGACCCCAUUGAUAACAAGUAAAAAUCAGAAAAGAAUUGAUAGAGAAGAAACUUUCAGUUAUAUUUUCUGGUGUGGAAUUAGAUGUUGAAGGAAUGGAAUAUACAGGUAUCAGUAAAUAUUUCUUUAAAAUGUAACUGAUGGAGUCUGAGUAAUUUCUAACUGAAAAAGGAACUAAAGACCCUAAAUGAGUUAGUUUGGGAACUCAAGUCAUUGGGGUUCAGAGGAGCACCGCUGACUCAACAGUGACACAGAAGUUCCAAAAGUUGAAAUUUGAGACUGCUCCUAUAAAAAGAAUCCAGAUAUUCUGGACUUAUGGAAGUGAAGAGAUCCUUAAUACUGAUCUGAGACUCAGAACACUUGCUGUAGUUUAAUGUGCUUUGGUUUGAAAUGCUACCUCUGGGUGUAAGGCUUUUGGUUUCUUCCUAGUGCUCCCUCCCCACUCUCCCCAAAGCCUGAAGUUCAAAUAUAACUGUGUUAUGAAAUUAAUGUGCAGAGUUUACAUUUGUCAUUGCUGAGUGGGCUAACCAAACACAUUCUAGCCAUGAGUAGAAGAUUUCCAUGAAAAGAUAUAAUUUAUAGAAAGAAUUAGGAGAUAUAUAAAAGUAUUCUCUUGAGAAGAAAGUAUUGGUUAGGCUUCCUAACUUUCAUAAGAGAGUGUUUUACUCUAAUAUCUGUAGAGAAUCCAAAACACAAAUUUUAUAACUUUAUUGAAAUAUAAAUUACAGAUUAUUAAAAACCAUUUCCAGCAUGUAGUUCAGUAAGUUUUAGUAAACUUAAUCAUUUGUGCAACCCUCACCCUAACAAAAGAUACCUAAUGGAUAUCCUUAUAUCCACUUACACUCAAUCCCUUUCCCUUCUGUACGCCUAGGCAACUACUAAUUUACUUCCUAGCUUUAGAGUUCCCUUUUCUGGCUAUUUUAUAUUAGUGGGAUCUUUUGUGUCUUUUUCAUUAACAUGGUUUUUAAGUUUAUCUGUGUGUUAGCAUACCACAUACUUACUGCUAAGAUUCUAUUUUUUAUUUAUUAUAUUCUUAGUGUUAAAUAGUAUUUCAUCAUAUGGAUACUUUGUCCACUUACCAGUGAAGGCACAUUUGGAGUUUCUCCAUCCCAGGUUUUUGGUGUUACGACUAAUGCUGUGAACAUUAAUAUGUAAGUCUAUGUAGACAUUUGCCUUCAUUUUUCUUAGAAGUCUGUGAGUGGAACUGCUGGGUAAUGUGGUAAAUUUUGGAUUAACAUUUUAGAAAACUGCUAAAUUGUUUUCCAAAGUGAUUACCUCAUUUUGCAUUCUGACUAGUGUAUGAGGUUUCUGUUUCUUUACAUCAUUGCCAAAUUUCUUUCGGUCAUAAGACAAGGUUUCUGUCAGUGAAUUCACUUUUAUUUAUUUCGCUUAUUUAAGAAUUAUUUUUAAUGUAAAAUAUACAUAACAUAGAAGUAACCAUCUUAACCCUUUUGGGGUUGUACAGUUCAGUAUUAAAUUCAUCCAUGGUUGUACAGUCAUCACUGUCUGUCUCCAGAAUUUCCAUCACCUAAAGUGAAACCCUAUUUGUUAAAACAUAAUUUCCUAGUCUCUCCCCUCCCCAGCUCCUGGUAACAACCAUUCUUUCUCUACAAAUUUGGUCUUUGUAACUCACAUUUUUGGGGCUGUGUGUGUGUGUGUGUGUGUGUGUGUGUGUCUGGCUUGUUUCACUUACUUUUGUUUGAAAGAAAUCUUGAAUUGGAUUUUCUAGUACAUGAAGUCUUCAACUCUUCUGUAAGUCAUCCAGAUAACAUUGGUAAAGAACACAGAUCAUCACAUACAUUCUCUUCUGCUUCAUUGCUUCCAUAACUGGUAAUGACUUGCACAUUGUAUUGAAGAAUUUUACCAUCUAUGUCCACGACUCUUCUUGGAGUCUGCUUCAGAAAACAAGAAUAUUCUCAGUGUGAAUCAUACACUGGAAAAAAGCAAUGAGAAAAAAUUAUUGCUUUAAAAUUCUGAUACAACUGGUCUUUUGGCUUAACAUAGCUAGAAUUCCUAUCUUCAUGAUGGGAAACAUCUUUCUAGCUAAAAUUUCUUGACAGAUGAAAAAUUUUCAAAACAUAUCAGGAAUUUGAGAUUUUAGGCAAUGAAUUGGCAUUUCUUUAUAAAUUUGGAUCUUCUUUGAGACAGAAUAUGCCCCAAGUUUUCCUUGGGCAGUGUCUUACAUCACACAAUUCAUCUAAAGCUAAGAAAAAUACUUGAAAAUUUUCAAAUUUUGAAUCAAUUGAUCUUUGAUAAUAGGAAAAAUAUAUAUAUUCUAUGAGAAAAUGUAAUUUGCUUGUUUAUAUUCUAUGAGCAAAAUUGUUUUAGUGCUAUAAUUGAAAAUUUCAGUUUUUGUGGCUGUUUUUAAAAAUGUCUUUUCACAGUUUUUAAGUAAAUUAUGACACCUAGAAUAAUUUCUUUUUAUCUUUCCAUCUAGGGUUGUUUUGUGUUUGAGUGCAUGUGCAGGGAUCAAGCUGUUUUAUAGCUGGCCUAGUUUACAAACUCAGAUCCGGUUUAAAAUUUUUGAAUUGUUUUUGUUAAAAACGUAAUUCUCAUUUCAUUUGGUGAAUUUUGUGGAUUCUUUUGACUAAGUUAUUGGAAAAAUCACAUAGAUCUGAAAUAUUGUCCCAAGUAUUGUCAACUGUAUUAUCUUUAACACUUGAAUUGAACAAACAGCUGCUUUGUUCUGCUGCUGCUGUAAAUUGCACUUGCCGUUUCUUGAAUGUGCAUUAUCUUCUGCCAGUCCCUUUUCCCUCUUCUGUACCAGCUGUGGUACAAGCUUCUGUAUCUGCACUGAACUCUGCCUCAGUAUUAUGCCUUUGAUUCAAAUUUAAAUAUUUUCCUGUUUUUACCUAGAAAGUAAUUGUAAUCAAAAUAGUAAAUUAACUUAUGGUUUACAUAUGUAACACUGUGUCUGCAUAGGUAUACUCUAACUUGUGCUAUCUGCAUAAAAUAUCCAAGUAAGCCCAUCGUGAUAUUCCAUCUGUGCAUAGAGAAGUCAUCUGAACUUUAUCAGCCCAUUGGUAUUAAAUUGGUGAUGUGUUGAAGUGGUAUACUAAAAAUGCACAUUCCUGUACAGGCAGUAUAAUACAACAAUGUCCUAUGCGACAAAGUGGUUAAAGUGAUUUGUAGUUCUAUUAAAACAAUAAAGUG